AUGAUGUCGGGCACGUCUCGCCAAUUGGGAACAUCGAAUGGUGGCCCUGAGUGGGAUUCUUUAAUGGAGGUUCAUCAUGAACCAAUUGAAAAAAAUUAUAAACUACUGGAAGAAAUUGGAAAAGGACAAUUUGCGAUAGUACGAAAAUGCAUGGAAAUAAGAACUGGAGAGUUGUAUGCGGCCAAGAUUAUGAGAAAAAGGCGGGUUGCCAGAGGUGUUGCAGCUGCAGAUAUUGCUCGAGAAGCAGGUUUACUAGCACGAUUGAGACAUCCAAAUAUAGUUUCAUUGCACAAAGUUGUUGACACAGGCACAACAGUCGUUUUACUUCUAGAAUUAAUUUUGGGGGGAGAACUUUUUCAUUGGGUACCAUCUGGUGAAUUAGAAGCUGCACAUGUGGUCCGUCAGGUCUUAAUGGCCCUCAGUCAUUUACAUUCCCAUCAAGUUGCUCAUUUAGAUAUCAAGCCUGAAAAUAUUCUUUUAUGUACUCCACCGCCAAUGCCAAAUAUUAAAUUAAUAGAUCUAGGUCUGUCACAUCGAUUGGUACCUGGAUCUGAACAUAGAGCAUUAUUCGGUACACCAGAAUUUGUUGCACCUGAAAUUGUUAAUUAUGAACCACUUAGUUUGGGAACCGAUCUUUGGGCAGUAGGCGUUUUAACGUACAUUCUCCUAAGUGGUGCGUCUCCAUUCCUAGGUGAAGACAAACAAGAAACGUAUGCAAAUGUUGCUGCUUGCCAAUAUCAGUUUGACAAUGAAUAUUUCAGUACAGUAUCUGAAAUUGCCAAAGAUUUCAUAAGAUCCUUGUUGAUCAAGGAUCCAAAAGAAAGAGGAACUGCAGAAUCGUGCCUUAAACAUCCUUGGAUCCUCACGGAGUCAGAAGCCUGUCAAGGUCUUGGUGAAGCUAUGAUUAGUGCCGUUAAACGGGGCUGCGUCGAGGCUGUGUCCCAGUUAUUGUUGCAAGGAGCGCCAUUGAACGUGAAAGAUUCUAAAGAAGAUACGCUUUUACAUAUAGCUUGCGAAGCAGGAGACGAAGCGAUGGUGACAUUUUUAAUUGAGAACGGCAUAGACCUUGAUACAUCGAAUCAGAAGGGCUUAACGCCACUACAUGUGGCUGCUAGGCACGGGUUUAUUAAUCUUGUUAGACAUUUGUGCCUUGCUGGUUGUGACGUUGACAAAACAAAUCGUGGGAUCAGGGCAGAUGUGACAGCAAUUAAAUAUGGACAUCCUGAUAUUGCGUCUCUGUUGGAUAAGCUUCGAAAUCCUGUUCAACGCGAAAAUUAUAUUAAACAGUUGCAACCGACGCACAGACCAAUAGAUCGUCUGCACGUAAGACUUUUAGGACAUUGUGCAUCAGGAAAAUCAUCCUUGAUAAACUCUCUGAAAUCGGGGAUGUUCAGCUUCGGGUUUUUUAGAAGAUCAAGGAGUCAGAAUUAUACUACGAAGAGGGAACCAAGUAUCGAAUUAGAUGUAACUAGCAAGCAUGGCUCACUUAGUUUCGAAUACAGCGACAGCGAAUACGAAAGUACACAGGGAGUGGAGUGGAGUCGUGGUAACGUAGGCGGAGAAUGUGUCUUCUGGGAGUUAUGUGGCCGUGAAGAAUUCUUAGCAUCUUAUCACUAUGUACUCACUUUUCAACAACCGGCCGUACAUCUUAUCACUGUUAGCCUUAAGGAACCACUCACUGUUCAACUCCAGCAGGUGAAAUUUUGGCUACGAUUUAUUUCAGAUCGUAUCGCGACAACUAAUUUUGGUUUUGGUGGGAAAUACAAUGAUGUGAAGGUAAUCUUGGUCGGCACUUACGCUCCGGAACCUCUUGCUCCAAAUUCAAACAGCGGUAGCCUUCUUGCUCUACUUUUACCUUUUUUGAAAGAAUUUAUGCCAAUUUUGGGAGACGAACCCCAAAUGGUCGCAGUGGAUGCAACUAAUCCUUCUAGUCCUGGUCUGAAACUUCUAAGAUCUUACUUGAAUCAUGCAAGGAUGGAAUUUUUAGAGGAAGGACCGGAAGUUGCAGAAAGUAUUCUCCGACGUGACACGCCGCGGGCUGCGGCCUCGUACGUGCCCUUGGCGAAUCUUGAUAAACAGAGUGCACUAGUAUGGACUGGUCUAGCCGAAUCUUGGAGAUCGUAUGUGCAAUCUUUAGAGGCAUCUCCGGUUAUGCUUACACAAGAGGAAUUUUUGAAGGAAGUUAGAAAGAUUAAUCCGUUAGUUUCGUUAGAGCAUUGUAGACACCUUGGAUUGCAAUUACAGAAUUUAGGGGAAUGUAUUCUUCUUCCGGGAAAUUUAAUAGUUUUGAGUCCAGAAUGGUUUUGGCAAGAUGUAAUAAAUUGGCAAUUGAGCUUGGAACAAAGAGGACGCCUGGGUGGUCGAACCACCGGUGUUUACGCUUUGGAAGAUUUUCAGGCGCGUUGUCCAUGCCCUGCAGCUCAAGCUCUGCAAGCUUUACAAGCUGUAAAUUUAUGUGUCCAGUGCGAGGUGGACGAGGACGAAGUUGAAUAUGAAAUUCCAUGUUUGAAUUUCGUUGAGCGUUUACCAGGAUUAUGGGAACCAUGGAAAUCAUGUUCCAACGUUUUACCUCAUGCCGGUCUUCGUCUUUCACCACCCGAGGCACCAUUGUACCAUUUAAGUGCAGUAUUUCCACAUUUGCAAGCACAAUUAAGAAAAAUCACCCAGACGUGGGAUCCAUCGAACUCAGAUUUGUAUCAGUGGUGGAGAGGAUCUAAAUUAUGUAUAGGUCCUUGUGAGAGUAUCAUUACGUUUGAAGAAGAAGAACAGAGUUGCAUAGAAAUAAGAGUACGUGGACCACGAGGCACCAGUGCGCAAUGUUUCACUCUCUUCAGCAUUAUCCUCGACGCGAUCGAGACGACAAUCGAACUCGUUGCUCCCGGCAUGUUACUCGAGAGAUAUUGGUUGAGUCCUGGUCAACUUCGAGAUUAUGAUGAAGUAAUACAUUCUUGGGAACCAGCGCCGGUUAUAUCUGCUUUAAUCGAUAAAGGACUUGAAGAAGCGAAACUUAAGAAUCCUCUGAACGGUCGAGAAGAAACUGUAUGGGAAAUUGUAGGCUGUGGAUUGCCUUUAAUGGAAAAUUGUCUUCCUGGACCAAAGCAACAGGUGAAGUACAUCAAGCCUGCUGUACAAAGAAGAUUGGCACAGAUGCUUGACCCUCCUGAUCGUCAUGGAAGAGACUGGUGUUUACUUGCCGUGAGACUUGGUUUAGGAGAUCGGGUUGCUCAGUUGGAUAGUACGGUGGACAGUCCAACGUUGAGAUUAUUGAAUACGGCGGGUGCCGAUUGUACCGUAGGUGCGCUGAUACAGCAACUACGAGCUCUCGACCGUGAAGAUGCUGUACAUCUUUUGCUUUCUUAUACACCAACAUAUGUGUUGUUAACGGCAACCGAUUCUGAAACCGGAUCCAAUCUUUCUAGAUGACAAUGUUGCAUUUAUCAAUGGUGCAUUAACACUUUAUAAAACACCGAUUUCUGAGAAGAACUUCUUCCCACGUUUAUGGGUUUGAUAGAUUUAUUACGUCACCGCUUCCGCCCAAAAUACAUCGUGCAUUGCCCUUUUAAGCUCAGUACACUAUAUUACAGUACAUUGUCCAUGUACUUCUCUAGAGGUAUGUUUAAAAUGUGCACAUGAACACUGAUGUGUACUUUUAUAUUCAAACACUAUAGUGCACUUUAUGCGGCACGAGGUUCUUUUAAUACAUUCUGUUUUUAUAAUAUACGUAUAUAUAUAUAUAUAUACACAUUUACUAUUUACGUGUGUAUGUACAUAUAUAAGGUUGCACAACUUGCGUAUAAGUUUCUGUAUUUUUUCUUAUGAGCUCUUAUUAUUUGUUAAAAUCAUCAAAAAGUAUUUAUAAUUCUGUUUUACUGUUAGAUUUGCAAAUAUUUACUUGAGGAGUUCUAUAUAAACAGAGUUUUAAUUUAGUGAUACUAUUAUAUGAUUAACUAUAUUCUUAAUUCGUAUAGACAAAAUAAUUCUAAACAUUGUGUAUGCACAAGCGUGAUUCAUAAAAAACGCAUUUACACACUAUAUGAACACGAUAUUAUCGUAUUUGAUACUAAUAUUGUUUUGAAAGCUUUUCUUGAUAUGCAUAUAUAUUGUAUCUUGCCAAAACUCAGUGUGGAUAUACGCUGCUUUCUAUGACAUUUAGAAGCUAUUUACUCUAAAAGAAACAAAGAAAAACUAUUCGCACAAUUCUUUGCUUUUGGUACAUUUAUGGAAGCUCCACUCUCAAAUGGACAUUUUUUACUAAAAUCAGCAUUCCUAAAACGUGUUUAUUAUGUGCCAUAAACGAGACUUGCUCAUCUAUAUCUGUUAAGAGAACUUUAUGUUUCUCUAAAAGGUUUCUAAAUUGAUCCUUCUAUUGCAUUUGUGAAACAAGAAAUACAUUCCUAUUAGCGAAUCGAAGUUUCAGAAGCGAAGGAUCACUGUUUUAAACAAUUUCGAAUAGUGACAAAGAAUUCUGACGUAAUAUUAUUCGUGUUUAAUAAAUACAAAAAUGUUAUGAAGACGCAUAGCCGGUUCAGAUCGAGAUGCAUCGCGAUCGAUAAUUUAUAUCAUUAAAAAUGCGUAAAAUUCGCUGUUUGUGUUUUGAACAUAUCUCUUAUGUAUCAGCUCUAUCAAAUGAACACUAUUUAUAUUAUAUAUACAUAUUUAGCAUCUUAAAUUAAGAAAUAAUUUGUAUUUUUACUUUACACACACUUUACAUGAAUCUCAAAUAAUGCAUGAGACUAAUAGAAAACGAUAAGAAUAAUUCUUUCGUUUCGAAAGUUCUCAUUUCAUCUUUGAACUGUACCCGAUGUAAUCUUAAUUCUGUAUUUCAUUUAUACGUAUUUAUUGUACAACUGACAUGCACACUUGACAAUUUAUCGUGUGUCUAAUUAUGAGAAUGGGAGUCGUCGAAUCUUUUUCUAAUUAGCGCUUUCACGGUUGUAUUUUUUACCCAUUGUUUUGUUCAUUUUGCGUUGACAUAUCGGUGUUUGAAAUUUAGAAUUUUUUAAGAAUCGUGUGUCCUGUGUGGAAUUGUUUUUGCGUUGGAAAACUUUUGCUUAUCAAAGAUUUAAAGUGUCCAGUAUUGUUAGUCACGUAUACAGCAUAAAUAUUUAUGGUCAACUUUACAGUUUUAUGAGUAACUUGAAGAACGAAUUUUUGUCUGACUUGCUUUUAGUAAUUGCGUUUCAUAGAUUUUGCUAAGUACGACAUAAAGGACAAAAUAAUUAAAUCUAGGAUACGAAACUAUUCACCGCAAGGACAGUUCAGAAGAUAGGUAACAGACACUUUUAAUAAAUUCCACCUCACAUAGAUUAUUAUUUAUACUUUGUAAAAAUAAAAUUGUAGAGCUCUUAAUUAUGUUGUGAUUCGUAGUAUCUACAGUCUUCUAGUUUUUAUAUCUUCGAUGUCAAAUGAAAUUGCUGUUUUUAAAUCCGAUCUGUAAGUCAGCUUAGGAACUAAAAAUAUCUUAUGCACUUUACAAGAAGAAUUAGAACCUGAUCAAUUUAUCAUUGAAGAAUCGUAUUUGUGAAACUGUAAUAAUCAAAAUUGACACAGCAUAUUGCAUUAGCAGACUAAAGUCCAGAAUCUCUAAAACAGUGAAGUUAUGAAAUAAAUUAUUGUAGUAUAGUAUAGUUCUGUACAUUUUUAUUAUGCACCACCGUAGGGUAAAAAAUAAUCUCUUUUUGAAUUCAUAAUUGACGACAAGUUAUGCGUUAAAAUUUAUUUACUGUGUUAAUCCGUUAAUCCGAUUUAAUAGAAUGUACACGUGUACUUAUGUUUGUUCUACCGAUAAUUUACGAUGAAAUGAAACAUUUGUUUGGUAGUAUAUACUAAAAGGAAAUGUAAUAGGAGUUGUAAGUAAGGAUCUUAUACGCUGCGCAUUUAUUUGUCAUGACAAGUGAUAAGAAAUACAUUAGCUGAACGAAAUGUGUAACAAUUCAUUUUGUACUAGAAAAACCAUGUUAAUAAAAUCACGUUGCUUCAUAAA